AAAAAUAAAAAAUAAAAAAAGGAAAAGAUUAAGAAUGAAAACAGAGUCUGUUAUUUUUUCGCUUUUAUCCAUGUAUCGCACUGGUUUUGGGUUUUGAUUUUUGCCCAUUUUUGUUUCAAUUUUCAAAUAAAACAUUUUUGUUUUGGGUUUAAUCAAAUCAAAUGGUACUCUCAAUUCCCAAGGCUAGGCUUCUCGCUCUCUCUCAUUCUUUCUUUCUUUCUCUCUCAAACUUCGAAUGUGCUCUUCUUAAUCAACGCUUAUGUUUUCUUGCCCCUUUCUAGGGUUUCUCUUUUCCUCUUUUUUGCUUUCUCUGCUCUUCUAGGGUUUUGUUUUCAGACCUUCAUAAUUAAAUUUAUUCAAUAGUUUAAGCAGAAAAUAUAAAAUACCAACGCACACACACCAAAAAAAAAAAAAAAAACCCUAACAUUCUAAAGGUGUGUGUUAAAUAAUAAUGCGAAUAUGAAGUUGCCAAUUUUUUUUUGGUGAUCGAGAUCGGAGUGGAAUGUAAGCAUCUUCUUUGUUCGUUUGUUUGCCAAUGGUGAGAAUGGUGAUGAUGAUGAUUCUUCUCGAAGCUCAGAGAUUGGUAUGGAAGAGGAUCAAUAAGCCUUUGCUGUUCUAAUGCUAAUGCUAACGCGUUUCAUCAAUUUAUACCAUAUUCUGGCAACUUAGAGAGGAGAAAAUCGAACACUUAAACAUGCUAUUUUCCAAGCUCGAUGACUCUCCUAUGUUCCGCAAGCAGAUACAGUGCUUGGAGGAAAGUGCUGAAUCAUUGAGAGAGAGAAGUUUGAAGUUUUACAAAGGAAGCCGAAAAUACACCGAAGGACUCGGGGAAGGAUAUGACGGAGACAUUGCAUUUGCAAGUGCUCUAGAAGCUUUUGGUGGAGGGCACAAUGAUCCUAUCAGUGUGGCUUUUGGAGGCCCUGUUAUGACAAAAUUUACAAUUGCAUUGAGAGAAAUUGGAACAUACAAGGAAGUUCUUCGGUCCCAGGUUGAGCAUAUGCUUAAUGACAGAUUACUACAUUUUGUGAAUAUUGAUUUGCUAGAGGUCAAGGAAGCUAGGAAGCGUUUCGACAAGGCUAGCCUUUUAUAUGACCAGGCUCGUGAAAAAUAUCUCUCCCUGAGGAAAAGCACAAAAACUGAUGUAGCAUCUGUUUUAGAAGAGGAUCUUCAUAAUGCAAGGUCUACAUUUGAACAAGCUCGUUUUAGUCUGAUUACAGCUCUUUCAAAUGUAGAAGCUAAAAAGAGGUUUGAAUUUCUGGAAGCUGUCAGUGGGACAAUGGAUGCUCAUUUGCGCUACUUUAAACAGGGCUACGAGUUAUUGCAUCAAAUGGAGCCAUAUAUUAAUCAGGUAUUGACUUAUGCUCAACAAUCAAGAGAAAGGUCCAACUAUGAGCAGGCGGCUCUUAGUGAAAGGAUGCAGGAGUUUAAAAGGCAGGUUGAUCGAGAGAGUCGGUGGUCUUCCAAUGGUUCUAAUGGAUCUCCUAAUGGAGAUGGUAUACAAGCUAUUGGCAGAAGUUCUCAUAAAAUGAUAGAGGCUGUUAUGCAAUCUGCUGCAAAGGGAAAGGUUCAAACAAUUCGACAGGGUUAUCUCUCAAAACGUUCCUCAAAUUUGAGGGGUGACUGGAAAAGAAGAUUUUUUGUUCUUGAUAGCCGAGGAAUGCUUUAUUAUUAUCGAAAACAGUGCAGCAAAUCAUCUGCUUCUGGUAGUCAACUUUCUGGUCAGAGGAACAGUUCUGAGCUUGGUUCUGGACUUUUGAGUAGAUGGCUUUCUUCUCAUUAUCAUGGUGGAGUUCAUGAUGAGAAGUCUGUUGCUCAUCACACUGUCAAUCUGCUCACAUCAACAAUCAAAGUCGAUGCUGAUCAAUCAGACCUGAGAUUUUGCUUCAGGAUUAUUUCUCCAACAAAGAACUAUACUUUGCAGGCAGAGAGUGCACUUGAUCAAAUGGAUUGGAUUGAAAAGAUUACUGGAGUUAUUGCUUCUCUACUUAGCUCACAAGGUCCUGAGAGGUGCCUGACUGCUAGUCCCAUGGGAAGUAGCCACCAUCGUUCUACCAGUGAGAGUAGUUCAUUUGAAAGCUCUGACUUUGAUCACACUGCAGUUGACGAGCUUACAUUGGAGAAGAGUUCUGCACAUCUUGAGCGCCCAUUGAGAAGUUCUCAGCAGCAAAGAUCUUGCUUGAAAAAUGAGAAGCCAAUUGAUGUCUUACGUAGAGUAUGUGGCAAUGACAGGUGUGCUGACUGUGGUGCCCCUGAGCCGGAUUGGGCAUCAUUAAAUCUUGGUGUGCUUGUUUGCAUUGAAUGUUCUGGUGUUCAUCGUAAUCUUGGGGUACAUAUAUCAAAGGUAAGGUCUCUUACACUAGAUGUUAAGGUGUGGGAGCCUUCUGUUAUUGGUUUGUUUCAAUCCUUGGGUAAUACCUUUGCCAAUUCUGUCUGGGAGGAGCUAUUGCAAUCGAGAAGUGCAUUCCAGCUUGAUCUUGUCUCAACAGGCUCAUACAAAUCUGAUAAACCCCAACUGGGAUUUGUCAGUAAACCAAGUCAUGCCGAUUCUAUAUCAGUGAAAGAAAAAUUCAUUCAUGCAAAGUAUGCAGAAAAGCUUUUUCUUCGCAAGCCAAAAGAUAGGCAAUAUCCUCAUCUGGUGGCACAACAGAUGUGGGAGGGUGUUUAUGCUAAUGAUAAAAAAGCGGUGUACCGUCACAUUGUUAAUUCUGAACCAGAUGUAAAUGCAAUUUAUAAGCAAGCAUCUUUUGGCUCAUCUUUAACCCUUGCCAGAGUAAUGCUAUUGCACGAGCAGCCAAACCUUGAGACAGGGGAUUCGUUAGGAAGGUGUUCUACCAGCUCUUUGAACUUGGGUGGUACAACAUGUGAAGGCCAGACAAUGGAUGAUCUAGAUGAAUGCAGUUUGCUUCAUCUUGCUUGUGAAACUGCAGAUAUUGGCAUGCUCGAGCUCCUCCUACAGUAUGGUGCAAAUGUAAAUGCUACUGAUUUAAGAGGUCAAACGCCUCUCCACCGUUGUAUUAUCAGAGGGAAAUCGACAUAUAUUAAAUGGCUUCUUGCAAGGGGAGCCGAUACACGAGCAGUGGACAGGGAAGGCAAAACACCGUUUGAGCUGGCUGUAGAGCUAAAUUGCGAUGAUACUGAGAUCCUUGCCCUAUUAUCCGAUUCCAGUGGAUGAAAUUGUCCCCCACGAGGAAUCACCAAAGGGCGUACUACUCCAAUGCUUGAAUUUAGUGUGAAAAGGAGAAGAAAAAAUUAUAUAUAUAUAUAUAUAUAUAUACAAAAGUCUCGUUGCAUUUGUAUAAUUAAAUUUCAUAAUUUGAGAGGUAUUCUCCGUUAAAAGAUGUCAGCAGAGAAAGUGUUUUGUGGGGGUGUAGAAGAGGGGAGUGGAGUGGUAGUGGAAGGGCUAACUUGGCUGUGGAAAAAUGGUUCCAUCAGGAUUGUAAUUAAUUUUUAUUGGUUCCAUUACUCUGAUGAAUCAAAGAGCAUCAUGGUGCAGCUGCUCUAGCCAGAGGUGGCCCUGUGAUUUGUUUUCUAUAUAUAUAUAUGUAUGUUAAUUCAGUUUGUCUGCUUCCUUUUUGGCGAAGCUGUGAGAUGUAGCUUUAGGUCAUUGUGUAUUUGUACAUUAAUUUCUUCUUUCUAGUGAAGAUUUCUUGUGGCUGCUGUAAACUCUGGUAACUAAAUUUCCUUCUCUUUGGACAUAGCUACAUCCAAUCAAGGACACGAGCUUGCUUUUUGGUCUGAUGUACCAC